ACGGCAUUCGCAACCAGUUCAUGUUCAAACGUUAUAAGGUGCACAUCUGGAGCGUGUGUGUGCUCGCCUCGCGCUGUUGCCGUCGUUGUUUCCGAAAUCGUUACGUUGCGUGUCGUGUGCGCUGCCGCCGCGUUUUACGAGUGAAAGAUUCACGGAAUAAGAACUCAUUUUACAGUCACAGAUACGCCGGUUAUCCCUGAGAUACUUUGUAGUGACAAGUGACACAGAUACAGCUGCAAGACCUUAAAAAACACGUGCAAUCCUUGAGAUACUUUUGGCAAAGCAGUUGCCGCUACAGAUACUGCUUUAAUCUUUGAGAUACUUUUGAUUGGCCUAGCAAUUUAAGUGAAAGAUACUUCUAUAAGCAGCGGAGAUACUUCUUAAAGGAUUGUUUAGUGACAAAAACAGCUUGAAAGUGCGAUCCCUGAGAUACUUUCAUCAAGUCUGGCGCUACUAUUCUGCUUGUUUAAGCGUAGUGACAGCCACUUCUUCACUUCAGAUACUUCUGGAAGCACUACAGAUACUACUGCAAUCCCUGAGAUACUUUAGGGUUGACCUAAUGCUGUGUCCACCUAAUCGCUCGUUGUUUGUGAACACACGUAAUCGAAGCUGAACCAUUGUUUACGUAAAACCCAAACAUCAUUUGACAUUUGAUGUAGGAGCUACAUAAGUCCUUCAGAAGACUGCCCAAAGGAGAGAGAGAGAGAGUGAGAGAAGGAAAGAGAGAGUGAGAAAGAUAGAGAGAGGGAGUGAAAGAGAGAGAAGGAGAGUUAUUUAAUACCCAAAAAGUCCUGGAGUGAAAUGGCUGCCUACACACAAUUCGGAUACGGAGGCUUUCCGACGGCCUCGCAGCUUUUACCGCCGAGUGCCCAGCCAGCGGAGGACUCCUCUGCGAACGUGAACGACUCGCUGGUGAUGACAAACGCCCCGGCGAUGAGCCCCGCGGGUGGUGCGGACUGCCAGGCGAGCCAGCCAUCGGGUGGCGUUGCUGGAGCUGGCGGAGAUGCCUCCUCGGGUGCACUCAGCCCCAAUGCCCUUUCGCAGAACUCGCAGAAUGCCCCCACGGGGGGAUCGGUGGUGGCCGGAGCUGGAUCUGGGCCAGGAGGAGCGGACUUGGUUACCGGUGGAGGUUCCCUGGACGGCAAUGGUGUGGGCACGACGCCCACGGCCGGCGGAGGCAGUGGCUCCUGCUGCGAGAAUGGGCGACCUAUUAUGACCGACCCGGUGUCGGGUCAGACCGUCUGCUCCUGCCAGUACGACUCCGCCCGCCUUGCCCUCUCCAGCUACUCGCGCCUGCCGGCGGCCAGCGUUGGCGUCUACGGGACACCGUAUCCCUCGACGGAUCAGAAUCCCUACCAGAGCAUUGGAGUGGAUAGCUCCGCCUUCUAUUCGCCGCUGAGCAAUCCGUACGGACUCAAGGACACGGGCGCGGGCCCAGAGAUGGGUGCCUGGACUUCAGCUGGACUGCAGCCCACCACGGGCUAUUAUUCCUACGAUCCCAUGUCGGCCUAUGGCUAUGGAGCCAGCUACGAUCUGGCCGCUCGUCGCAAGAACGCCACGCGGGAGUCCACAGCCACGCUGAAGGCCUGGCUGAAUGAACACAAGAAGAAUCCGUAUCCCACGAAGGGCGAGAAGAUUAUGCUGGCAAUUAUCACCAAGAUGACGCUCACCCAGGUCUCCACCUGGUUUGCCAAUGCCCGGCGGCGACUGAAGAAAGAGAACAAGAUGACCUGGGAGCCCAAGAAUCGCACCGAUGACGACGACGAUGCCAUGGUGUCCGAUGAUGAGAAGGACAAGGAGGACUUGGAGCCGGGCAGCAAGGGAAGCCAGAGUGGCAGUGGCCUGGCCAAAGGUAUAGGACUUGGAAGCCAUUCCCCAGGGUUAAGUACUCAAAGCCGUCCUUUCUUUGAACCAGAUGAGACCAAAGAGGAGGAGGACGCCAUAGACGAGGACCAGAAGUGCUUGGGUCAGCAGGCCAAUAUCCUGAGGGCAGGCUUCGGCUAUCCCUCGGCGGGCAGUGGUGGCUAUCAUGGAGGCGGAGGUGGCUCCGCUGCUGGUGGCUAUCACCCGUAUCAUCAUCAGCAUCCCGCUUACUACCAGCCGGGUCAGCAGGGCAUGCUGCCAUUUCAUGAGGGUUCCGGAUCCGGGUCAAAGCUCCACGGGGACAAUGGGGAGCCAAAAAACCAGCUAGGCCGGGACUGUGGCGUGCCGAUUCCAGCUACCAAGCCGAAGAUCUGGAGUCUGGCCGACACAGUUGGCUGCAAGACCCCGCCGCCGGCCUACAUGGGCCACCAGGGUCACCCAAAUCACUCGAUUCCGCUUCAGCAGCAGUAUCCCCCGGUGCAGCAGGAGGCGGCAGGCCGGGAUCAGAUGUUCAAUGGUGCCGCCGCUCCCUACCUGAGGCCGCACACCACGGCUUACGGGGGUUUUCUAGGGGCUACGACCCAGCAGCUGCAUACUACGAACAGCAGCAACAGUAUGCCCUACACCAGCAGCAGUAUGCCCCAGCAGCAGCAGUCGCAGCUGGAGCAACUGCAUCCGCAGCAGCUGGCGGGGGGGCUGCGGAGCAGCGGGAGCAGCAGUUCCAGCGGCACGCAUACGCCUACCAUCCUUACUACGGGAAGUUCGAGCGGGGCCCAGCAGCUGCAGCUGCAGUUCCAGCGGCAACAGUUCCAACAAUCUCAGUCCACAGCGAGUCAGCGGGCGAUGGGGUUUCCCGAAGCCCAACCCGAUACUCCACCCCAAACUCCGCCGAAUAUGAAGGUGCUGAACGGAGCUUUGAGUCUCCUGCCUACCGCUACUCCAGCCCCUACGAUCGCUACCUGUCGCAGCAGUAAUGCGGCCCAGUACAACGGCUACCCGAUGAACUUCUCCCGGAUUGGGGAGUAUUCGCCGCGAGAGGACUACGGCAGUGGGAACAGUAGCAGCAGCAGUACCAGCUCAUCGUCCUCGCCUCUUCAGCUGCAGCGGAAUGAGGCAAUGUUCCGGCCGCUCUUCAAGAAGUUCGUAAACUAAGGGGAUCAGUGAGAAAAAAAUACGUUUUGCCUAAAAUCUCUAAUAAAAUCAAAGAGAUCUUGCUCAGCGUCUCUGAAUAAAAUCAAAGAAUUAAUUUUUGAUCAGCACUGCGUCUAUAACUGGUAUUUAAGAGGCCCCAUGGGGAUCGUGUAAUAUUCAUUGUAAUCGUAUACACCGCGUAAAACAACUUCAAGUUUCAUUCGAGUUAUGCAUCAUGUAUUUAGAGUACCAGAUCAAAUGUUUCUCUUCGAACCGCAAUGUAAGCUUAGGCUAAAUACUAAACUAGCGCAAUAAGAUUGUAAACUGUGAUACGUUUUUCAUUGUCUAACAGACUUCACACUAAACACUUCGUCUAUAUGAACACAUAAUCUAAAUAAUUUUAAAUCGUUUAAUAAAAUUCUUUAUAAUCAUGAAA